UCAACGGUCUUCAUAAAACAUAAGUAUGAAUAGCAGGAAUCGGUGAUAGGGUUCAGUACAUAAGAUCAUACGUUCCAUUUGUAUAGGAAGGUUAACGGUAUUGAAAAUGGAAAAUUCUAUCGAAGAAAAUAACUUUCUUAUUCUGAUACAAGCUCUAAAGUUUGUUACUGACGGACUUAAAGAAUACACGAUCCAGGGAUUGGAUGACCUGUACAACAGACUGAAGAGAAGGGUUUCAGCUAGUGGCCCGUGUACUCAGCAGUGCAACAGGAACCACAGGGACGCCACAAGGUGGUGUCAGACCUGCCAAAACUGGAAGAAAGAGCUGGAAAAGUACAUGAGAUCUGCUAAAUUGAAGAACAAUACGAAAUGGCACAACGUUGAAAUAUCUUACUUUUCAGGGGUUGAUACAGCAAAAGCCAAGGAUGAACUAUUCCGUGUGUUUAUCCAAGGACAGGGAUCUUUGCCAGUAACGUUUGACAUUCAGACAAUGUUAUCGUUAUUUCAAAACUGCAAAUAUUUUGAUAUCGGAGACGAUAUAUUACUCUUGACUUCCAUUAGAAGAGUACGAAAUUAUGAUUUUGCCCAUACAGAAGAUUUCAAAUUAACCAACAAGCAGUUAAAGAAAGACAUUAAUUCACUAUGUAAAUUGUUUCGCCAUCCUUCGAUAUGUAGAUACCCAAGUGCGUCGGACAUAUUAUCAAAGCUACGAAGACUUCAAAAAAAUGAUAUAAUAUUAAUCCAAAGUGAAACACGUCGGUUUUUCAUUGAUAUCAAAGAAAACUUCAUUACAAAUGAGUCCUUGAAGACGCUAACAUGCUCAUUCCAUGACCAGGAAACAGGAAUACAGUAUACAACUUCCCUUCUCAAAAGAUCGAUUAUGGCGGGAUUUUUGCUUUUAUCUAUUUUCUAUGGAUGUUGGGAAAUCUACAAUCAUCCAGAAAUGAGAGCUACAGAGAAAGGAGGGGCAUGCAAAGUAAUGGAGUACAAAGAACCAUUCCAGCUGAACUUUGACUUCGAGUUUUACCGAUCUCAACAUGGACCACUUAUUGGACGCCAGUGGCUGUUGAAUGACCUUGACUACCUAAUGCACUCAACAACCAGAGGUGUUCUGUUGGUCGCCGAAACGGGAUAUGGAAAAUCUGCGAUAGUGUCUCACCUUAUUUGUCAGAAUGAUAGACUUCUUCCUGGAAACUGGAUAUACGAGCGAAUUGUAUCUUAUCAUCUGUGCAGACUUGAUUCUAAAAGAAGUCUUUCUCCAGGAUUGUUUGUAAAAAAUUUGGCGGGAAGCUUCUCAAGUCACAUUGAAAAUGUCCAUGAUACUUUGAAGGGAAAUUCGUUUUAUGAAGCCUACUUUAAACAAGGUGAAUGUCUAAAAGAUCCCGAGGGGUGUUUUGAUUUUUUAAUCAUACAAUCGCUUACACAUCUCCAACAAAAGCAAUCAAUUUAUAUCAUUGUAAUCGAUGCUUUAGAUGAAUGCACAGCUAAAUCGGGCCUGAAUAUACCUACCCUUCUAGAAAGGCGAAUGAAAAGAUUACCGUCUUUCAUUAAAUUUUUAAUUACCACGAGGAAUACAACAUCCAUAACUUUGAAAAUGCGAUCUUUACUCCAUGUUUACGAGUUAGAUAGUCAAAGCCCUAAUAAUGCAAAAGACAUACAAAUGGUCAUGCGGCACAAAGUUGAUAAGAUUUCAAGAUACAAGUUUGACAAUCUGAGGACAAAAUUCAAAACUUCUAACAUAACACUGAUGGUUUCCUCAGCCUCUAAAUAUGCAAAACAUAAUAUGCUUUAUCUACAUUACGCAUUUGAAGUUUGGAUUCAAAAUGAGUCUGUACCUUUAUCUGAAACACCAUCUACGUUUGAAGAAUUUUUCCAGUACAACUUAGAGAGGAUAUUUGGAGAGAAUGACGAAUUUGAUAAGAUCAGAGGUAUAUUUGAAGUGUUGUGUGCUGCAGAAGAACCCAUUUCUGACAGGGAAAUUUUCCGUAUAGCAAAUAUUUCAAAGGAAAAUCGAAUUCAAAGCUGGAAGUUAUUUGGAAAUGAAAUGAGUCACUUCAUAAAGCAUAGCGAUGGGAAGAUUUCUAUAGCUCAUGUAAAGCUAUCACAAUUUUUGACCGACAUGUGACAAAAAUAUGGAAAAUUCUACGUUUCGGAGCAGGAGGGAAACCUCAAAUUUGCUACUUUUUGGUUGAGUAAAGUCGAACAACAGAUGUCAUUCCACAAUAUAGAUAUUGUCCAACUUGCCUUAUAUGUUGCAAGAUCGAAGAACAAAUUACAGGAAAAGAAGUUUUUGUAUUACGGCAAAAGAGUUAGAAAAGAAUUUGACAACGAAUUUUUUUUGCAUCGUGCAGCCUUGUCAAUUAAUUCCUAUCGGGCCAUGGUCUUGCUGAUAGAAAUUUCUGGUCGAGACAUUGAGAAAAGAGAUAAUACUGGAAACUUCUCUUCAGCGUACUUGGCGUCAGCUUUUGGAAACCACAGAAGCUUAGAUGCACUGCUCCAGCACGGCGCUAAUAUUCAUUUUGUUAGAAAAGGCACUGAAAUUGUGAAAACGUCCAUUGGAGUCGAAGAAUUCUGUAAGAAAUUUGCUCAUUGGGAAUAUAGUCUUCUCAACAUUGCUUCACAAAAUGGUCAUUUGGACGUAGUUUCAACAUUAUUGAAACGUGGAGUCAAUAUAUCAUAUAAAAACUCUUUGGGAUUAAAUUCUUUUCAUCUGGCAGCAGAAUAUGGUCAUAUAGAGGUAGUUAGAUUAUUCCUCCGAGACUUUAAAGAUACUUUUUAUUCUAGUCUUGAUCAUUCACUUUACCUUUCUGCAAAAAAUGGUCAUUACAGCAUAGUGGAAUUACUUCUCCAUCAUGGUGGUGUCGAUAGAUGUCUUCCUUGCAAUAUGUCUCAAUUUUGGACUGAAUUUCACGAAACUAGACUUCAAAUCAUAGAUAACAUGGACGAUUUGCAAAAUGUAAACUAUGUCUUCAAAGAUGACAGACGCUUCAUAAGAUGUGAAACUGCGCUAGAAGUAUCAAUACAAAAUGGUCAUGACGAGAUUGUGAAACUUUUGACCGACAAAUUUCCCAGUGGAUUGAAGUGUAGAGAAUCUGGGGGACGAAGACCUCUAUUCACAGCCAUAAUAUUUAGGCGAUAUAAAACCUUGAAACAAAUUUUGCUUCAUGGAAAUGCUAGCAAUAUUACUUGCUUGUUUAACCGAAAUCGUUGGAAAAAACUUGAUCUAAAUGAAAAGGAGCGUAAUGAAUAUUUAGAAAACCAAUGUCCUUUCAAUUUUACCAUUUCCCAUUUUGCUGUUAUGUACGGGAAUUUCAAAACAAUAAAACUUUUGCAAACCUACGGUUUCAUCAAUUGGUCUGAAAGGAACCUAAAUGGUGAUACGCCAUUACAUGUAGCCUCAUGCAGAGGUCACAUCAAGACAAUAAAGUUGUAUGAGCAAAAUCAUGAAGGUGAAUUAUCAAUUGUCAGAGCCAGGAACGGGUCGACACUUAUGCAUUCAGCAGCUACAUGUCACAGAUAUAGACUGUUAUCCUAUUUGUUGGAGAAACAACACGAUCAUGUUUUUGACGACAUGAAAAUGGGAAUUUCUCAUUAUUUAGCAAAGACUGGGUCACAUGGAGUAAAAGAAAGGAACGGGUUAUUAAACAUUGAAGAUAAUGUGAAAGAGAGAAUUAUCAGGGAAAUUUUUCUUGUGGAUGUUUACAACAGAACACCGUUACAUUAUGCUGCAGUUCAUGGAAAUGUGGAUUAUCUCUCGUUUUUAAUUUCAUUGGGUUUAGAACACACUGCAUGGACGCGCAUCUUAAAUAUGGCGGAUUACUCAAGCAGAAUCAUCAUUGAGCUAGCUUUUGCAAAUGCCCUAUUGUAUGGUGCACGUAAAACGAUGAAAUAUGAAUCAGUAAGCAUAAAGCCUCAUGAGAAAUUCAUUGACAUUCUGCUGGGAAAUGUUAUACCUUCAAGAUAUUACGUGCAGAAAAAUUACCAUAGAUUUGUUGGAGCGACAGCCGAAAAAAAUAGUUUUUAUAUCAUGGGUACUCUUCGCCAUUUUGUUCAGUCUAAUAAUUAUCCAACACUGAAAGUUUGGAAUCAUCUUCUGUCGCACGAUGUGAUAAAUCCAAUUAUGUUUAGCUUUAUUCCGAAGUUACAAUACAUAUGUCAUCGCGAUAAAAACAAUAUUCUGCAUAAAAUUAUCCAGGAUGAAAAAAGAACAUUAUGGAUACAUGAAGAAGCAUUUUUUAAGUUCGACAAAUUAUUUCUAUUAGACUGGAAAAAUAUAAUUAAGUGUUUAGAUAAGAAUGGUCACAAUGUAUUACACAGGGCAAUAAUGGGAGGUAACUAUGCUGCAUUUAUCUAUCUUCUGAACAAGGGAGUUUCUUUUAAUGGAGAUUCCAGGGAUGGAAUAAAUUUGUUACAGUUGGUUGUAGAAAGUGCUCCAGCAUUUGAAAAUGAAGCUGUAAAGUUUCGUUUUAUAUCCUCUGGACUUGGAAAUCAUACUGUACGAAGGGAAAUUGCAUGGAGUUUGGAUGCGAUAUACGAUGAAGUCUAUAAUUAUAACAGAAUUGCAGAGGUAAUUCUAAGAAAAUCUCCCAGAUUUGAUAUUAACAGAGAAUUCUUCUGUAGGAAACAAGGGAAAAAUUUAAGCUUUGUUCAUCUGAUUGCUGCAAAGGGACUUACAAGUGUGAUAUCUGAAAUCAAACAUAGAUUUGGGGAUGACACAUUAGAAUGCAAGAAUGAAAAUAAAAUAACUUCUUCCCAAAUACUUUAUUUCUUUGGGCACACGGUCAAAGCAAUGGUGUAUUCACACCAUCAUGGUAGUAUGCUUUUAGAGAACUGGAAUGCAUUUAUUGCACUAGUUAUGAAGUAUAUGUUUGAUUACAAGACGUUUGUAUAUCCUAAACGCUCAGUGGCCAGAAAAUGCAACGGUGUAAUGCGAAACUGGAGAAAUAUUGAGAGAAUGCACCUUUGUACUGACAAACUGAAGGCGGAAGUAUUGAAGCUUUUUCAGCAAUACGUCAAAUGGAACGGUGUGAAAUCUGGAGAUGAUUUUAUCAAUGAAUUGAAACACAUAGAAUUUCAUAAAAUAUAUUCAACGACUGAAAUAGAACAUAAAAGGAAAUGGUUCGAAAGAUAUCUACACAAAGUGUCCCAAAGUUUGCAAAGUCGAAAUCAAAAUGUACGUGAACGUAUAAAGGCUUUGCAAAUUUUGCAAAACUCCUUGCGGAAAAGUGACUGUUUAAAAUUAAAAUUAACGUCUCGGAACACAAGUUUAGCAUGUCUAGAACGACUUCACCAGAUACAUAGUAAGAAGGUAAUGACUAAACACGAGUACCAAGAGAUGAGCAUUCGUUUGUCUUUUCUUUCUUUUUUUUUAUACGAAGGAGAUAUGCCAAUGCCUUUUCAUGAGUACAAAAUAGAAUAUCAACCCGAUUUCUUCAUCAUGUUUCUUAGUCUUUGUACACUGCAUUCUGAACUGCAUUUUGGAUUUCAAAGUACACCACAGUUCGAUUUUUGGAAUGUCCUCAAAUUACCAAAGAAUAAUGCGUUCAGUAUUAUGGUACAAAAAAUUAGCAGCUCUACAGUUGAUGAUAUUAGUUCAUGGAGGAGCUGUUAUAGAUCCUUUACUGGUCAGGCUUACAAAAAUGUAAAAAUCCUUCAAAACACGUCAUACGUUCAGAACUAUCUUAAGAAAUAUGAAAAUAUCAUAGGUAUACCCAAUGAAUGA